AUGGCUAACGAGAAGCCUCCAUUCAAUGGCGUCAAAGGCGCCGGCCCUGAGGGCGAGACUGACAGGAUCGACUUCAAAGACGAAAGAAGUUCUGGUACUGCUUCACCUGACCAUUUGCAUGGAGCGACACUUUGGGAAAGACAACGAGACCCAUAUCUGGGCAAGACCGAACGCGAUGUCAUUGUCGAUGUCGAAGGUCUAGUUCAGCAGUACGACCUCCAUGAUCUUAAGGAUGAGCUCACUCGUGGUGCGCGAUACGCGUUUAAUCGAGAUGACACCGAUCGUCUUCAACCUACAGAAGAGGAGAGACACUGGAUCGCGAAGGAGAAGAGUCCUGCUUUCAAGGACAAGUGGGCUCAAACAAAGAUGAUGUACUAUGUGGCGGUGCUUUGUGGCGCUGCUGCAAUCGUCCAAGGUAUGGACCAAACCGCAGUCAACGGCGCUCAACUCUUCUACUUCGAAGACUUCAACAUCACCAACACCUGGGAGCAAGGCUUGAUCAAUGGUGCACCAUAUCUAUGCUCCGUCCUCAUCGGUUGCUGGACAUCCCCCGUUCUCAACAAAUACUUCGGUCGGCGAGGUACCAUCUGGAUUUCUUGUUUCGUCUCUGUUGCCUCUGGAGCUUGGCAAGGUGCGACUUUCGACAAGUGGCAGCUGUUUGCAUCACGGUUCAUUGGAGGCUUCGCCAUCGGUGCCAAAUCUUCCACUACACCCGCAUAUGCUGCUGAGUGCUCGCCUCCUCGUAUCAGAGGUGCUUUGGGAUCUCAAUGGCAGAUGUGGACUGCGUUUGGUAUCAUGCUGGGAUUCAUCGCGUCUGUUGCGUUCUACCCUGUGCAAGUUGACGGCUACCCGGGCUUGAACUGGAGAUUGAUGCUUGCCUCUACCAGUAUUCCUCCAAUAAUUGUCUGCUGCAUGACCACUUUCGCGCCUGAAAGUCCUCGCUGGCUCAUGAGCAAGGGACGUUAUCGUCAGGCCUUCGAUUCUCUCUGCAGACUUCGCCCAUGCCGAUUGCAAGCAGCUCGCGAUCUAUACGACGUCCAUGUGCGUCUGAUGCUCGAGCACGAAGUCCGACCCAAGACAGCUUGGGCCAGAGCAACCACACUCUUCUCAGUACCCAGAAACCGUCGCGCCGCACAGUCUGCCUUCUUCGUCAUGUAUAUGCAACAAUUCUGUGGCGUCAAUGUCAUAGCUUAUUACUCGUCGAGUAUCUUCACUGAAGCUGGGUUUGGACAGCAGCAAGCGUUGUUGGCUUCGCUUGGUACUGGUAUUAUCAACUGGAUCUUUGCUAUUCCUGGUAUCUUGACUAUCGAUACCAAAGGACGUAGAUGGCUUCUGCUUACUACAUUCCCAUACAUGGCUGCCUGUCUCUUCUUCACCGGAUUUUCAUUCUUCAUUCCUGCAGAGGGUACCGCACGUAUUGGAUGCGUGGCAACGGGUAUCUAUCUGUUCAUGGUUGGAUACAGUCCAGGAAUGGGUCCAGUGCCCUUCACAUACUCUGCAGAAUCAUUCCCACUCGCAGUACGCGACACCGGCAUGGCAUUCGCAACAGCCACAUGCUGGGGUUUCAACUUUGUCCUCGCAUUGACAUGGCCACCUUUGCUUGAGGCAUUCACACCUCAAGGCGCUUUCUGCUUCUACGCUGCAUGGAACCUCUUCGGCUUCGUCUUUACUUGGUUUGCGCUUCCUGAGACAAAAGCAAGACCGCUGGAGGAGUUGGAUGCAGUAUUCAACAUCAGGACAAGGGAUCAUGUCAAAUACCACUUGAUCAAGACGCCUUUGAUCGGAAAGGGACACGUUGGUAAUGACUUGGUAGAUGUAGCUGCUAUUAUCGAGGGCAGAGACAUGAAGGGUCACGUUUAG